GUCUCGUACGUUAGCAUUAGCCACAAUUAGCUUGUUGUCAAAAUAAUUCUGAUUCAUCGAGGGAUUUUUCCUGUCAGUCAUCAGUCUGUAUACGAUCCAUCCAUUUACCGCUCCGUUUGUGUACAGCGUCAAACAUGUACGUAAAAGCCUCGUCCCGGUGCAGAGACAUGCUGAAAGCAGAACUUAUCGAGUGAAAUGCUGGUUAGCUUGGUGAGCUAGCUGAGACGCUAACAGCAGCAGCGAGGCUGAGCCGACACCAGCACCACCGGUGCUGCUGCAGACCCGUCCCGGAGCCACAGGGACGACAUCCACACAGAUCCUCCACGGUAGCAGUGGGUCUGUCUAAGACAGAGCCAUGGGUGCGUUCCUGGACAAACCCAAAACGGAAAAGUACAACUCGCACGGUGAGGGGAACGGAUUGCGCUAUGGGCUGAGCUCCAUGCAAGGCUGGAGGGUGGAAAUGGAGGACGCUCACACAGCUGUGUUAGGACUUCAAACUCCGGGUAUGACUGACUGGUCCUUUUUUGCCGUGUAUGAUGGUCACGCUGGAUCAAGAGUUGCCAACUACUGCUCUAAGCACCUUCUGGAACAUAUUAUCACUGCUAGCUUGGGAGUUGGAGAUGCACAAGGCUCCCAAGUUGGAUCAGACAUCACUGGUGUCUCUCCAUUGCCACUUCCUCCUGCAGUGGAGGCCAUGAAAUCUGGGAUCCGGACAGGCUUCCUGAGGAUUGAUGAGCACAUGCGCAGCUUCUCUGACCUUCGAAAUGGCAUGGACCGCAGUGGGUCUACUGCAGUAGGAAUUCUUCUUUCUCCAGAUCAUUUCUUCUUCAUCAACUGUGGGGAUUCUCGAGCUGUUCUGUACCGCAAUUCACAGGUCUGCUUCUCCACUCUUGACCACAAGCCUUGCAACCCACGCGAGAGAGAGCGCAUCCAGAAUGCAGGAGGCUCAGUAAUGAUUCAAAGGGUUAAUGGGUCACUGGCUGUAUCCAGAGCCUUAGGGGACUAUGAUUACAAGUGUGUGGAUGGCAAAGGCCCUACAGAGCAGCUGGUCAGUCCUGAACCAGAAGUGUUUGUGAUGGUUCGGGCACCAGAACAGGAUCAGUUUGUCAUUCUUGCAUGUGAUGGAAUUUGGGAUGUCAUGUCCAACGAGGAGUUGUGUGAAUUUGUGAAAUCUCGGCUCGAGGUGUGUGAUGACCUGGAGAGAGUUUGCAAUGAAGUGGUGGACACCUGCCUGCACAAGGGGAGUCGGGAUAACAUGAGUAUUGUGGUGGUGUGUUUGCCCAAUGCUCCCAAAGUAUCAGAGGAAGCUGUGAGGAAAGAAGAUGAACUCAACAACUACCUGGAGACUCGCGUGGAAGAGAUGCUGUCUCGGCCUGGAGAUGAGGGGUUUCCAGACCUGGUAACGGUGAUAAGGAACCUGUCUACUGAUAGUGGCAUGCCUGCUCUGCCACCAGGGGGUGGUCUUGCCAGCAAACGCAGUGUUAUUGAAGCAGUAUACAAUCGUCUGAAUCCAUACAAGGAGGAAGAUGGACCCUCCUGUUUCAUUUGAGUGGAGCAGAUUUGGAGUGCCACUGGUAGCUGUCCAGCACAACUGCCUCAUCCCAAAAACAGGACCACUAUUCCACACAAGAUCACACCCUUACGCAUCUUUUAAUUUCACUGGGAUUUUUUUAUUAAUUUUUCUCCACACUGAGAUUAACCAGAACAUAAAUCCAGAUUUUAAAAAAGCACCCAUUGAGAUUGACUGCAAAACAUGAUCGUGUUUUUUUUUUUUUUUUUUUUUUUAAGAACAAAUUGUGGGAAGAAGCGCACUACAGAACUGCAUAUAUAGAACAUACAGGAGAAUCAUCAAAGGAGAGGCAAAUAAGCACAGUUUACCUUUUUGUUUUCUUGUUUUUGAUUUUUUUGGGGGGCUAUUUUUGUUGUGGUUUGAUGGAGACAUGGGAGCAGCUCUGCUCUGAAUUCUGUGAGACUCUGGUGCCUUCCUCAGAUGGGAGAGAGAAGGGAGGUCCUCACAACUCAAACGUCAGCCAUCUAUUACUAAAAACCAACCACUUAAAAUGUUAAUAAGAGACUUAACAGGCUGAAGUGCUUUUGUGGCAUUAUUUCUUCUGACAUUUUCAAAGUGUUUCUUGGAAAAAAUUGGGAGCUUAUUGACCACACAAACCCACUACUCCCAAAUAAGCUACACUGAUAAGUUGAUGUUCGAGGGUUCUGGGUAUUACUGGUACUCCAACAGGGCCCAACACCUGAUGUACUUGUGAACUUAGCUUGCUGGAGAACGCCUCAGACAACUUCUGAAGUCCUCAUUGAAUACUAUCUGGGUUAAAGCCUCAAAUUCAGGACCUGAAAACCAAUCACCUGAAAACGAGGACAACGCUAAUGAGUCAUGUCUGGCAACAAAUUUCAGUCUGGCUCCUCCACAUGUUCAAAUGUUAAUAAGUUAGACUCAAGUGCGACUCCUUUUGCAUGUCUUCGCCUCCCCUGUCGGCUCUUAAGGAUGUUAACAGUUUGUCAGUCUCUCUUUCUGGCUCUGAUUUUGCUUUCUCUGUCUUCAAUAAAAGAAGAAACUGCAGUCAUUUACAGCGGCAGAUGUGGUCAGAAUCAUAAGCUUUUGAGCCUGCUGUUAAAAUAUAGAUAGAAAUUAUAUAUCAAAUUCAUAUAUAUGUAUAUAUAAAUAUGUAUAUGUGUGUGUGUGUGUAUGUAUGUGUGUGUGUGUGUGUGUGUGUGUAUAUAUAUAUAUAUAUAUAUAU